UUUCCCGCCCGGCUGGCGGGAGUAUGAAUACCCUCGCUCCGGCUCCCUGCUGGAGUCGUCCGCUUCCGCUGGGUCACUGUCGCCGCCGCUACUUUUUCUCUCCCUUUAAAGCUCCGAAGGCCGCUCCCUUCUCCCGUGCUGCACGUCCUCCCGCCCUCGGUGGGCCAGACCAGCGACAUGGAGGGUUGCGUCGGGGAGGAAUCUUUCCAGCUGUGGGAGCUCAAUCGACGCCUGGAGGCUUACCUGACCCGGGUCAAGACGCUGGAGGAGCAGAACCAGCUGCUCAGCGCCGAGCUUGGGGGACUCCGGGCGCAGUCCGGGGAUGCCUCCUGGCGGGCCCGAGCCGACGACGAGCUGGCAGCCCUGCGGGUCCUCGUCGACCAGCGCUGGCGGGAGAAGCACGAGGCUGAGGUGCAGCGCGACAACCUUGCUGAAGAGCUGGAGGGCGUGGCGGGCCGGUGCCAGCAGAUGCGGCUCGCCCGGGAGCGGACCAGCGAGGAGGCGGCCUGCAGCCGGCGCGCGCUCGAGGCGGAGAAGAGUGCGCAGGGCUGGCUGAGCAGCCGGGCGGCCGAGCUGGAGCGCGAGUUAGAGGCUCUGCGGGCGGCGCACGAGGAAGAGCGAGCGCAUCUGAACGCGCAGGCGGCCUGCGCGCCACGCCGGCUCCCCGCGCCUCCCCGAGGACCCCCGGCGCGGGCCCCCGAGGUGGAGGAGCUGGCCCGACGGCUCGGCGAAGCGUGGCGCGGGGCGGUGCGCGACUACCAGGAGCGCGUGGCUCACAUGGAGAGCUCGCUGGGCCAGGCCCGCGAGCGGCUGGGCCGAGCCGUGCGGGGCGCUCGGGAGGGUCGCCUAGAGCUGCAGCAGCUGCAGGCUGAACGCGACGGCCUCCAGGAGCGCAGAGAGGCGCUGGAACAGAGGCUGGAGGGCCGCUGGCAGGACCGGCUGCAGGCCACUGAAAAGUUCCAGCUGGCUGUGGAAGCCCUGGAGCAGGAGAAGCAGGGCCUACAGAGCCAGAUCGCUCAGAUCCUGGAAGGUGGGCAGCAACUGGCACACCUCAAGAUGUCCCUUAGUCUGGAGGUGGCUACGUACAGGACUCUGCUGGAGGCUGAGAAUUCCCGUUUGCAGACACCUGGCCGAAGUUCCCAGGCUUCCCUUGGCUUUCAGGACCCCAAGCUGAAGCUGCAUUUCCUUGGGAUACCAGAGGACCAGCACCUGGGAUCUGUGCUCCCUGUCCUCAGCCCAACACCCCUGCCUUCCCCCUUGCCCGGUACCCUUGAGACGCCCGUGACAACCUUUCUGAAGACCCAGGAAUUCCUUCAGGCCCGAACCCCCACCUUGGCCAGCACCCCCAUCCCAGCCAUGGCCGAGUCUCCCUGUCCUACAAACGCAGAGGUCAGAGCCCAAGAUGCCCCUCUUUCCCUGCUCCAGACACAGGGUGGGAGGCGACAGGGUCCAGAGCCUCUCUGGGCUGAAGCCGCAGGGUCUGUUUCUACUGGUGUCCUCCCAGAGUUAGAGGAACCUGGGAGCAAGCAGCCUGGCCACUUCCCCAAGGAUCCGACCUCCUCAGUCCCAUCCCUCACUCUUCAUCACCCUGUUUUAGAGGCUAAAGAUGGAGAACCCAGUGAGUCUAGAGUGUGUAGCAUAUUCCAGGAAGAUGAAGGGCAAAUCUGGGAGCCAGUAGAGAAAGAAGCUGCCAUAGAAGUAAAAUUAGAGAGCAGCUUGGCGCAGGAAACACAAGAAGACGGUCUGGACAUGGAAGAAAUCCAGGAUUCCCAGGGUCCUUUGCAAAAGGAAACCCUGGAGGCUCUAGGAGAGGAGACACUGAUGUCUCGGAAAAUCCAGAGCCAUGAGACACCAGGGAAGGAGAAUAGCAGUUCUCUGAGGUCUAUAGACGCGAACCUCGGAACACUAAAAAACCCAGAAAAAGAAAAACAAACACUACUGAAGUCUUUAGAAGAAAAGGAUGUAGAGGCAGACAAAACUCUAGAAAAGGAGGUUCCUGAACUGUCUAAGCCUUUAGGAAAAGAAGACCCAAGAGUCGAGGAGCAAGAGUUAAUGUCUCUUGAAGGUACAUUAGAGACAGUUUCAUUUACAGGAAAGGAAAAUCAUGAAGUGGUGAGGUCUUCAGAUGAGGAGAACUUAGAGUCAUUGACAGCUUUGAAAAAGGAGAGCCAGCAUCCACUGGGAUAUCCAGAAGAGGACCAGAGGGUUGAGAGGCUGAUAGAAAAGGAGUGUCUGGAGUCCCUGAGGUCUCUAGACAAGGAAGACCAGGAGGCAUAUAGACCUCUGGAGAAAGAGAACCAGGAGCUGCUCAAGUUUGUAGAAGAGGACCAGAUGGUUGAGAGGCUGAUAGAAAAGGAGUGUCUGGAGUCCCUGAGGCCUCUAGAUGAGGAGGACCAGGAGACAUAUAAACCUCUGGAGAAUGAGAACCAGGAGCCGCUCAAGUCUGUAGAAGAAGAGGACCAGAUGGUUGAGAGGCUGAUAGAAAAGGAGUGUCUGGAGUCCGAGGCUCUAGAUGAGGGACAGGAGACAGAAGACUCGAGAAAGAAACCAGAGCUGCUCAAAUCUGUAGAAGAAGAGGACCAGAUGGUUGAGAGGCUGAUAGAAAAGGAGUGUCUGGAGUCCCUGAAGUCUCUAGAUGAGGAGGACCAGGAGACAUAUAAACCUCUGGAGAAUGAGAACCAGGAGCUGCUCAAGUCUGUAGAAGAAGAGGACCAGAUGGUUGAGAGGCUGAUAGAAAAGGAGUGUCUGGAGUCCCUGAGGUCUCUAGAUGAGGAGGACCAGGAGACAGAUAGACCUCUGGAGAAAGAGAAUCAGGAGCUGCUCAAGUCUGUAGAAGAAGAGGACCAGAUGGUUGAGAGGCUGAUAGAAAAGGAGUGUCUGGAAUCCCUCAGGUCUCUAGAUGAGGAGGACCAGAGGACUGUAAAACCUCUAGAAAGAGAGAAUCAGGAAUCUCUGAGGUCCUUUGAUGAAAACCAGGAGACUGUUAUAUCACUAGAAAGUGAGAAGCCACUGAAAUCUCUAGAAGCAGAAGAGGAGCAGAGAAUUGUGAAACCUCUAGAAAAAGUGAGCCAGGGCUCCAUGGGGUCUCUAGAAAAAGAGAAUGUAGAGCUCCUGAGGUCUCUAGAAGACAAUGACCAGAUGACUGGGGGCCUGUUAAAAGAAGAGACUCAGGAGUCCUUGUGGUCUCCUGAAGAAAGAAACCAGGAGACCCAGGAUCCACAGAGGUCUCUAGAAGAGGAGGACCAGAGGAUUAUCAAUCAUCUAGAAAAAGACAACCGGGAGUUCCUGGGGUCUCUAGAAGAAGAAGAGCAGGUGGUCAAGAGAUCUCUAGGAAGGGAGAACCAUGAACCACUGAGUUGUGUAGAAAAAGAGGACUGGAUGACUGAGAGCCUGCUAGACCAAGGAAGUCAGGACUCAGGGAAGUCUCUUGAAGAUGAGAACCACGAGACCUUUAGAGCCCUGAAAAAAGAGAAUCCAGAGUCCCUGCAACCUCUUGAAGAACAGGACCAAGAGAUACAGAGGUCUCUCCAACAAGAGACUCAGCAGGCACUGAGGUCUGUAGGGGAUGACCAGAUGGCAGUGAGACCACCAGAAAAAGUGGGUCCAGAGUUUGACCAGGAAAUAGCUAGAGCUCUUGAAAACCAGGACCAAGAGUCCCUGGUGUCACUGGAAGAAAGAAGUGUGGAGGCAGUGAAGUCUUCAGAAACAGAGGACAUAGACCCACUGAAGAACGCAACAGGGGACCUGGAAAUAAUGAGCUCUAUGGAUGCUCAAGAGCCGUUGUGGUCUACAGAAGUGUCUAGAGAGUCGACGAAACCUCUAGAAAAUGAAAUUCAAGAACGGCUCGAGUAUGUGGAUGGGCACCAAAAGACCCUGAGACCCCUUGAAGGGGAGGCUCAAGACCUGAGCUCUCUGGGCAAGUGGGACCUAGAGGCUGUGGAAUCUCCAGAAGGGAUGGAGGAGGGUAGGCAACAGCUGGAAGUGGAAGCGUGCCUAGAGAUGGAGGAGCACCAAGAGCCACUGAGGUCUCUGGAAGAGGUGGGGCAGGAGCUGCCUGGGUCUGGAGAUCCACAAAGGUGGGAGGAUGUGGUGGUGGAGAACGGAGCAGUGGAGCAGGACCCACCCCUAGGGAGGACGGGAGUGGAAAGUGAGGAUGAGGCAGAGCUGCCCCUGAGUGGGCAAGAUGGGAAAGAAGAUGCUGCUGAGGAGAGGGAGCGGCAGUUAGAUGUCACUCCAGGGGAGGCCUGGGGCCUGGGGAGCUGUGCCCCCACAGAGCAGAGGGUCUCCAGUGAGGAAGGCAGCGGAAAAGGGAGUGCUGGGGCCCUCCAGGGCCUGGAGGGACAACCAGAGCAGAUGGGGGCCCUAGAGGUCCCGGUAGCUCAGGGAAUGGCAGAGGCGACAGAGCCCCUGCUGCAAGAUGAGGAUGGAGCCCAAGCAGGUGGACAAGAUUCCAUAGAGGCUACCCUGGGCUCAGGGGUGGCUACCAGAGCUGCACUGGAGCCAGAGCAGGACGUGGUAGGGUUAGAGGAGCCAAGGCAUCUGGCCAGGGGGGAGGCCAUUCACCCAUCCCUGGGGGAGGAAAGUGUGGAGGCAAAGGUAGCUCAGGACUUUGAAGGGCCUGAAAAAGAACCAAAGGAGGCGGGUGCCGUGGAGCCAGAGAUCUUUGAAUUGCCCAAGACCAGUGACGCUCUGGAAUCCAAGGGCUGCCAGGAGUCAGAGCCUGGGGUGAGCUGGGGAGUAGAGGAAGCCUCGGUGGGGACCUCAGACCAUGAGGGCAGUGGCCCUCAGCCCAGGCCCUCAGAGACGGAGGAAGAUGAGGGUACCCAGGCAACCCUGGCACCCCCUGGUCCCUGUUCACCCAUCCCAGCUCUGGAAGAUGCCUGUGAGCUGCAGCCCCAGGCUGAGGGGAUCCAGGAAGCGGGGUGGCAGCCGGAAGGUGUGUCAGCAGUACUGGGAAAGGUAGAAGGUGAGCAAGAGUUUGGUCUUGGGGAGACCCCUGAGGGCCUCCAGGAUUGGGAGGACAGCAGAGAGGAAAGCGAGGCUGAUGCGUUAGGGGAAACGCUCCCUGACUCUACUCCCCUGGGCCUCUACCUGAGGUCCCCCACCUCCCCAAAGUGGGACCUGGAUGGAGAGCAGAGGCUCUCCCCUCAAGGGGAGGCCGGGAAGGAAGGCUGGGGUCCUGCUGUCCUGGCUUCCCAGGGCCUCAGCACCCCACCAGGGGAAGAGGAGCAAGGCCAGGACUCCGAUCUGUCGUCUGAGGAGUUUGAGGACCUGGGGACCGAGGCCUCUCUUCUUCCAGGGGUUCCCCAGGAGGCGGCAGAUCAUCUGGGCCAGGUGCCCCCAGUCCUGGAGCCUGAAUGCUGGGACCAGGGUGGGGAGUCUGAUGGGUUUGCGGAUGAGGAAGAGAGUGGGGAGGAGGGAGAGGAGGAGGGAGAGGAGGAGGGAGGGGCUGAGUCUGGGGCUCAGUGGUGGGGGCCAGGGCCCUCUGGUGGAGGCUUCAAGGUCCAGGAUACCACCCAAAGAGGGGACCUCCGGGAACAUGAGUCUGUGGGUGUCAGCGGUCCCUGGGGUGAUGGCCUGAGAGGUGCUACAGCUAAUAUCUCCGUGACUGCCCUGGAAACUGAGUCUCAGGACAGUGCUGAGCCUUCUGGGUCAGAGGGGUCUGAGUCUGUUUCCUCAGAGGGGGAGGAUCAAGUCCCUGACCAUUUGGAUGCACCCCAAGAGGUGACUAGCAUGGUGCCAGGGGCAGGAGAUACCUUUGCUAUUGGUGGCCAGGGCCCCAGCUUGGAGUCAGAGCAUGUGAAUGGGAGGAUGGAGAACGGGUUAGAGCAGUCUGAGGAGCAGGGAGUCCUGGAUGGGGGCCAGGAUCAAGGACUCCUUUUACAGGAACAGGAAGGGGGUACCCUAAAGGCUCCUUUGGUAGGGUCCCCUGUACACCUAGACCCAGGCCAUUCCCUGGAGUUCCCUCUGAGUGGAGUAGAUGGAGAUGCCUGGUUCUCAGGGGAAGAUUAGAGGUUGCUCUGGCGCUGAGGACUAAUGAUGUGUGUGUGUGUGUCGAGGGUCCCUUCCUGACCUGGGCCAGCAUUCUCAGCUUUGAUGGCUUGAUCUGCGGGGUCUGUCCUGGAGAGGUGCGGCUGGCUGAGGGAGAUGAGGCCCUGUCGGGGCCAUCCGCUUGGACUGUCCUGAAGGCUCACGUUAGCCGAGCCCCAGUAGUUCUAGGCCCCCUUUCUUCUGCAUCUCACCUGCUGGAAGAAGCCUGGGUUCAGAGCUUUCCCGUGGGGCUGCUCUGGCCAGGUCUUGCUAGUCCUGCCUGGCUGCGGCAGUACCAUCCAUCCCCACAAGGUCUGGUCUGGCCUAUGCCCAGAGGAGGUGAGGGCAGCAAUGAUGACUGACCCCUCCCCUCGUCUCAGCCUGCUGAGAUCUUGUUCUGCUCCUCCUCGUUUGAAUAAAGUUGUAUCCCUCCCCACAA